AGGACAAGGGUUUCGGUGUCAUAUUAUUGUUCUUGUUACCUUUGAGCACUGUUAUGGGAUGGGUGUAGUUUCCUUUCACUUUUGUCUACCGUACAUUGUGGAGUGGACUACAUUAUCGGUAGGAUACGCUACUUCAGUUUUACCAACUCUGCCAAGACCAAAGCGAAUGUCCGAGUGCCGAAUUGGAAGAUGGAUCUCUAAACAAGCGAAUGAUAAACAUCCGACAGGCUCUAUUUCACAUGUUCCUGAAAUAAUUUUCAUGUUAUUGUUCGCGAGCUUGUCCCGCCCAUUUACGCCUGUAACGUGUUGACCUCAUCGUGUGCCGUCAGUGGUUACGGUGGAUUUCACGGAAGAUGCUGAAGAAAAGGGAUCCGCUGGUAAGUUUAGAAAUUCCCCAACUUCCAUAAACGAAUGCUUUAACCCAAGCUUUCUGGAGGUUUCUGAUUGCUUUGGUUGAGUUGUAAGGACAGAAGUUCGUGCUAUGGGCAUGUCUUCACGACAUCAGUUGAAAAAAUAUCACUUGUCACUGGUAAUAUUAUUUCAAGUAUUGUUUCAAAUGGUGCUUAGCGUGUUCAUGUGUGUUGCUGAAUUGUCAUUGAUUGGCGUGUGUGUACUCCUUGUAAUCUUGUUAGCGAGAUCGCUUGAACCCUGACUAGCCCUGCAUGGUGGGAACGUAAACGACAGUCACAUGAAGCGAAUCCCUGUUUUCAGUUGAUCUUACCACCGACGACAUAGUCAGCGCCCUGUGUCUGUCAAUGUUAAAAUCUAAAGCUAGCGUGCUAGCUAGACGUUAGCUACCGUCAGCUAACCAACAUGCCCCGCUUUAUUGUAAAGGAUAGUGUCUAAUCUAAUCGUUAGCCGGCUUUAUAACAGUGAAGUGUUAUCUACCACACAAGUGGGGCACGCGAGUGCUACCUAGCACCGAAGCCACCCCAUAAUGCAUCCCUGUGUCCGACACUGAAUUUAAACUUCGGAUGACUCUUCUGGUUCGGUUUUGUAGAAAUACUACUUUCUAUGCGCCUGCCACGCUGUACGCCUAACUAUUGGGUGAGGUUUUACUUUGAACUGUUACUCACCAGAGCAAUUUGUAUGUUUCCCUCUGGGCUUUUUCAUUGACAAACACGCAUAUCUAGCUCUAGACCUCUACGUUGAAGUUAACACAGUUGUCACCAAAAUACACAGUGCCUAAAUGCAUUGGUGGCAACUGGCAAAUACAAAGUUCGAUGUCAUUACCUAUCGUGCCAUGGAGUUACUAGGGUUUGUUGUCUGAACUGUAUAACUAGUCUCCAUAAUUCUGUAUUGACAUUCAGUUGUCUGUCACGGGUGGUUGUGCAAAGGUAAUGAUAUUGACUUGUGCUCAGCAAACACUGGACAUGCCUACAGUCAAAGUGACAGGAUUUACUCAUAUUUACAUUACAUGACAAUUAUGCUUUUAUCCAGAGCAACUUACAGUUAUUUGUCAGGGUAUUGGUUACAGUCCCUGGAGCAAUGUGGGGUUAGGUGCCUUCCUUAAGGGCACUUCAGCCAUGGAUGGAGAUCAGGGAUGGGCAACUUUCAUGUUAAGGACUGGAGGGCCACAUUUUUUCAUCAUCACCAUUGGCGGGCCACAUGACCAGGCAUCAGGCUGCAACUCACAGUUCGAGGUGCAGAGGUUGCUCACCGACUGCCGAUAUUGUUAGGAAGGAAUGGGAGUGUUCUCUAUCUGCCAACAGUAUAAUUACAACAGGUUAAUUCUGUAGUGUUUUGAAAACUCUGGUCAUUAUUUUUUUACUUCUUUAAUCACGGUUUAUCCAGGGAUUCUUUAAGUAUAGAGAUAUGCCAAUGUAAUAGGUUGCUAUGGGCACCUAACAUGACCAGGUUCCGGUCUGCCUUAAGGGACGUGUCAUAAUACUCCUCCUAGCAUUGAAUAGAACAGUCCUUAGGUCUGCCUAGGUCUGCCUAAAGGGGGAUUCCCCCUCCCUCCCCCUUGCAAUAAUAGAACCCGGAAACAAUGGGCCAAUGGAACCUCUCUCUCUACUCUCUCUGGUUUAUCUAAGGGCCACACUGAGUUAGGAGGCAGCCGCAUGUGGCCCCCGGGCCUCUAGUUGCCCAUCCCUGCUGUAGAUAAAGGGAGAGGUAAGGGUGGGAUUCGAACCUGCAACCUUCUGAUCAAAAUACCAACCAACGCCCUUGCCAUUAGGACACGACUGCCCUACUUCUGCUGAAUCUGUUAGCAUGACCUGAAAACAAGGCCAAACUGGUAUUGUACAUUUGUGGGAGGGGUUUAGGACCAAUGAAGCUACUUGUCUGCAGUUAUGAAUAUCCUGUCAAGGCUGUUGAUUAGGUUAGGUACACACGGCAUAAUCAUCUCCCAAAUUGAUUGCCCUCCUGUGUCUAGAGAUCCUCCCCUAUACCGGGAGAGGUAGGGUAACAGCCUCUGUUUAUAAAAGCUAUGGAGUCUUUACGCCGGAGAUUCAUUUCUCAAACUUGUUCUUCACACACUUCAGAGAGAGCGGACAACACAGUGCACAGGAAGAUGCUUGCAGAGACACCCCCAGAUCGUGAAGAUGAGACCAUGGUGCCAGUACUGACCUCCAGAAGAGCCAGCGAAUUACCGGUCAACGAAGUCGUGUGCACCCUGCAGGCUGACCUGCAGUUUGGUCUGACUCACGAGGAGGUGUCCCGUCGCCGUGCCUACCAUGGCUGGAAUGAGUUCGACAUCAGCGAGGAUGAGCCACUCUGGAAGAAGUACAUCUCACAGUUUAAGGACCCCCUCAUCAUGUUGCUGCUGGCCUCUGCGGUCAUCAGUGUCUUGAUGCGCCAGUUUGAUGACGCCGUCAGCAUCACAGUGGCAAUCAUCAUUGUAGUGACUGUUGCCUUUGUACAGGAGUAUCGCUCUGAGAAGUCUCUGGAGGAGCUGGGUAAACUAGUACCUCCAGAAUGUCACUGUGUACGCGAAGGACACCUAGAACACUUGCUGGCUCGGGAGCUGGUUCCCGGAGACACCGUCUGCCUUUCCACAGGGGAGAGGGUGCCAGCUGACCUACGCCUCUUCGAGGCCACUGACCUGUCUGUAGACGAGUCCAGUUUGACGGGCGAGACCACCCCCUGCUCCAAGUCCACGGCGCCACAGCCCACCGCCACCAAUGGUGACAUCACAUCCCGCAGCAAUGUGGCGUUCAUGGGGACGCUGGUGCGCUGUGGGAAGGCCAAGGGCAUUGUCAUCGGUACGGGAGAAAACUCUGAGUUUGGAGAGGUCUUCAAGAUGAUGCAGGCAGAGGAGGCCCCUAAGACCCCUCUGCAGAAGAGCAUGGACCUGCUGGGGAAGCAGCUCUCCCUCUACUCCUUCGGCAUCAUAGGAGUCAUCAUGUUGGUGGGCUGGCUGCAGGGGAAACACAUCAUGGACAUGUUCACCAUCGGCGUCAGCCUGGCGGUGGCUGCCAUCCCUGAGGGUUUGCCCAUCGUGGUGACGGUGACUCUGGCCCUGGGCGUGAUGCGGAUGGUCAAGAAGAGAGCCAUCGUCAAGAAGCUGCCCAUCGUAGAAACACUAAGCUGCUGCAAUGUCAUCUGCUCAGACAAGACGGGUACCCUGACUAAGAAUGAGAUGACGGUCACACAGCUCUUCACCGCCGAUGGUCUCCAUGCAGAGGUGACUGGCGUGGGCUACAACAACGCAGGAGAGGUGAUGCUUAACGGGGAGCUGGUCCACGGCUUCUCAAACAUCUCCAUCCGCAAGGUGGUGGAGGCUGCCAUCCUGUGUAACGAUGCGAUCAUCAGGAACGGCACACUAAUGGGGAAGCCCACCGAGGGAGCCCUCAUAGCCCUCGGCAUGAAGAUGGGGCUGGAGGGGGUGCGCCAUGAGUACGUGAGGCGUCAAGAGACUCCUUUCACCUCAGAGCAGAAGUGGAUGGCCGUGCAGUGUGUGCACCGAGCACAACAGGACAAGGGGGGGACCUACUUCAUGAAAGGGGCCUUCGAGCAGGUGAUCCGGCACUGCAGUGGCUACCAGAGCAAAGGAGGAACACUACCGCUCACCAGCCAACAGAGGGAGCUGUUCCAGCAACAGAAAAGCUACAUGGGCACAGCUGGAUUAAGAGUGUUGGCGUUUGCGUCGGGCAGUGAGCUGGGCAGCCUGUCGUUCCUGGGCCUGGUGGGCAUGCUGGACCCCCCGCGGGCGGGCGUGAAGGAGGCCGUGGCGACCCUCCUCAACUCCGGCGUGGCUGUCAAGAUGAUCACCGGAGACUCCCAGGAGACCGCCGUGUCCAUCGGGAGUCGCCUGGGGCUGUACACUAAGGGCUCCCAGUCUCUAUCAGGAGAGGAGGUGGACCAGAUGGACAUCCAGCAGCUCUCCCAAAUAGUGCCCAGGAUCGUGGUCUUCUACAGAGCAAGCCCUAGACACAAGCUGAAGAUCGUCAAGUCGCUACAGAACAUUGGUGCCGUGGUUGCCAUGACGGGGGAUGGGGUGAAUGACGCGGUGGCGUUGCGGGCGGCGGAUAUCGGCGUUGCCAUGGGUCAGACAGGCACGGACGUCUGCAAAGAAGCCGCAGACAUGAUCCUGGUGGACGACGACUUCCAGACAAUCUUGUCUGCCAUAGAGGAGGGGAAAGGGAUAUACAAUAACAUCAAGAACUUUGUGCGGUUCCAGCUCAGCACGAGCAUUGCUGCUCUGACCCUCAUCUCGCUGGCCACCCUGAUGAACUUCCCCAAUCCCCUCAACGCCAUGCAGAUCCUCUGGAUCAACAUCAUCAUGGACGGGCCCCCAGCACAGAGUUUGGGGGUGGAGCCAGUGGACCCGGAUGUGAUCAGGAAGCCUCCUCGUAACGUGCGAGACAGCAUCAUCACGCGCAGCCUCAUCGUCAAGAUCCUCGUCUCCUCCUUCAUCAUCGUCUGCGGCACGCUCUUCGUAUUCUGGAGAGAGUUGCAGGAUAAUGUCAUCACCCCGCGGGACACCACCAUGACCUUCACCUGCUUCGUCUUCUUUGACAUGUUCAACGCCCUCAGCUCCCGAUCACAGACUCGUAUGGUCCAUGAGAUGGGUCUGUGCAGUAACCCCAUGUUCUGCUACGCUGUACUGGGCUCCAUCAUGGGUCAGCUCCUGGUCAUCUAUUUCCCUCCUCUGCAGAAGGUCUUCCAGACAGAGAGCCUCAGCCUACUGGACCUGCUGUUCCUGCUGGGUCUGACGUCGUCGGUGUGUGUGGUGUCUGAGCUGAUCAAGAGGCUGGAGCGCUGGAGGGCGGAGAAGAGGAGGGGCUGGGACAGAACCGCCACUACUGACAACUUCCACGAAGUAUGACGCACGUUGCGUCCCACCGCACCGCACGCAGAGGAGCGUGGAGGACACUGACUGGGCCCCAGCACCACGUUUAAACUCCUCUGAAUUUGGUGGUGGUUUGGGUGUGUGUAUGUAUGUACGUAUGUAUGAAUGAGUGAGUGAGUGAAUGUGUUUGUGUUUGCAGGCUGAAAGCAUUGGACUAUAAGAAAAUGGAGAACGGAAAAUGGGAGAUUAAGUUGGCAUCUAGGCCGGGCAAUGACCUUGGAUUCAGUCCUCUUCCCCGAUGGCAGACUGUGGUUGUGCACUGGUUUGAGACCCCAAUCCAGCGAUCACCCCUCUCUCUCUCUCUCCUUCUUAGUUAUAUCUCUCUCUCUCCACUCAUCCUCCUCUUCCAAUUCCAGCUCCUCCCUCCCCUGCCUUUUCUAAAACAAAAACAAAAAUGCUUUGUUGUGCUGCUUCAAGACUGUUUGUUUGGAUUUUUUUUUCUCGAACAUGGUCCUUAUUUAUGAGCUAUAUUAAAACCCUUUGAGGAGUACCAUCACAAAUAUAUGAUUAGAAUUUUGCCAACAUUUUGAGUUCUCAUUAUGAUGUCAUAAAGACUUUGCGAGAUUUUUAACAUAGACUUCUAUUGAAGAACUGGGAAAAACUCUUUACUCCUCAAAGGGUGAAAGGGUCCUGGUAGCGGUGGCUGGUCUUCCUCUCCAGCCAACUGCAAGCACACAUCAUCAGCAAAUGAGCAUUAGGGCUUCCGCACACCGGCUCCGAAAAAGUGCUGAGCACUGCUCCGCAAGAGUUUGAUUCCAUUGUUUUCAAUAGAACCCCGCACACUGGCGCCAAUGUCCGCGGACAUUCACGGAUGUCGGAUAGCGAUUAGAGACCAGUUCUAUUUUGUCGGCGCCGCCCAUUAACUGUCAAUGCUAUGUUCGUGUGAAAUUGGGUUUGGGGAUUGGAAUUGUGUCAGAAGCGAGAGUGCUCCGCAGUGCUGUCGGAGCCGGUGUGCGGAAGCCCUCAGUUUUGCGGAACAAGAGAAACAAUCAGCUUUUUGGCAUUCCAGCUCACCUUGCUAUAGCAAAGCUUUUUGGGGAAAGUUUCUGUGCUUUUCAAAUAAAAUACUUUUUGCUCUCUGUGA